GUGAGGGGAGGGAGUGUGUCGGCGGCGGCGUGGCGAGGGAGUGGCGGGUCUGGCAGCUCCGGCGCUCAGUCACAACACGUCAUCAAGAUGCUCGACCCGGGAGGCAUUAGCCUCCUUGUUUUAGCAACUUUGAUAUACAUAGCACAUGCUCUACAAGACUUGUCCACUGAAGAGUGUUUUGCUGCGGGUUUAAACAAAGCAAACCUUGUGUGUUCAUCCUGUGACACCCUUAAGGAGUUUAAUCUUGAUGUGCUAGAAUCCAGUUGCAGAAAAUGUUGCAAUGUGGAUGAUGUCAACGCCAGUCCGACAAAGUACUCCCGAGCCCAGUUAGAAGUCUGUGGAUGACGACUGGGAGCUUUCCCUCAGGUUCAGGCAUUCGUGAAGAGUGACCGACCUGCGGCAUUCCCUAACCUUACAAUUAAGUAUGUAAGAGGAGCCGAUCCUGUCAUUAAAUUGAUGGAUGAAGAUGGCGAUGUAAUGGAGACAUUAGCUAUUGACAAGUGGAACACUGAUUCUGUAGAAGAGUUUCUUAAUACAUAUCUAAUUCUCCCUGGUCAAGAGGAGGAUGCCUCUGAUAGAGCUGCAAAUGAAAUUUAAACUUUACUUUCAAUUAGGAGACAUGGAAAAAACUUUAAAUCCAAUAAAAAAAUUAUUACAGUGAAAUUAUCUUUUAUGAUAUGAUUUUGAAUGUUAUGUUUCCACCAAGAAAAUAUAUUGAUCUGUUUUCAAGCCCUUAAAAGACUACUUGGUAGUUAUUUUUGUAUGCCAAUUUAGUAUAUAUGAUAAUUUUUAUAAAACUUAUUUUGAAACAUGGGUACAGAGGUUGUCAAACUAUUGUCUAGAUAGACAUAAAUAUUACAGCUGAAUUUUCACUACUCUUCCCUCCAGUAUUUGUACUUGUAGAUUAUAAGUUAUUUUCUUAAUAAUGUUGUAGUAUUUAUGAUGUGUAGUAUUGCCUCAGAGGGCAGGGUAGAGACAAGAUGAAGCAGGAGCUAUAAACCCUCGGGGCCAGUUCUAGUGGAAGCUGCCUCAUCCUACCCUCUGAAGCAACAUGCCUUCAUUCCACUUGUUACAUUAAAAAGUACGGCAAAUUGUUUUCGCACUGUAUUUCUUGGAAUUAAAUAUAAAGGUAUUAAA